AUGGAGCACGCGGCCCAGCCCUGGCGAUGGCGACGGCGACGGCGGUGGUGGAGGAGCGCCUGCUGGCCGCGUUCGCCUACCUGCAGUGCGCCGUGGGCUGCGCGGUCUUCGCUCGGAAUCGUCAGACGAACUCAGUGUACAGCCGCCACGCGCCACCCAGCCGCAGGCUCCGAGUGCCGGCGCGGGCCACCCGGGUGGUGCAGAAGCUGCCCUCGCUGGCCCUGCCGCUCUACCAGUACACCAGCGAGUCCACCCCGCGCCUCCGCAGCGUGCCCAGCUGCAUCCUCCUGGCCAUGUUCCUCGUCCACUACUGGCAUCGGUUUUGGCUUGUGGUUAACGGGCAUGUUGAUAAACAUCCAUUCAGAUCAUAUCCUAAGGAAUCUCAGAAAAACAGGAGAUACUGGAUACAAAAUACCAAGGGGAGGCUUAUUUGAAUACAUAACUGCAGGCAACUAUUUUGGAGAAAUCAUGGAGUGGCGUGGCUAUGCCCUGGCCAGCUGGUCUGUCCAAGGCGCGACUUUUGCUUUCUUCCCAUUUUGUUUUUUAUCUGGUAGAGCAAAAGAGCACCAUGAGCGGUACCUCCGGAAAUUUGAAGAGUAUCCAAAGUUCAGAAAAAUUAUAAUUCCAUUUUUGUUUUAA